AAAAAUUGUAAUGCAACUUUGGAAUCCUGCUCUGCGAGGCUCGGUGACGUCACACAGGAAGUCUUCGUGCCAGUCCGUCAGUCAGUCAGUCAUCUGACCUAGCAAGAAGAGCAGAUCGAUCUUUGGCCAGAGGUCAGAUCUGAUCAGAUGGCGUAUCCAAAGUCCCACAAUCCGUUUGCGGACGACGACGAAGACGGCUUCGGGCCUACCAACAGGGCCUCGGACGGUGACCACGGCGGCGACAGCCAACUGAGCGAUGCCGAGAGGAGACAGCGCUACCUCCAGCAGGAAGUGAUGCGCACAGCUCAGUCCGCCGUGGACAGCAGCUACCGUUCAAUCGGCCUCAUCUACGAAUCGGAGAAGAUGGGCGUGGAAACGGCGGAGGAGCUGAUGCGUCAGGGGGAAGUCCUACAAAGGACAGAGAAAAUGUUGGACCAUAUGGAUGAGGACAUGAAGAGCAGUCAGAAGCACAUCAAUAGCAUCAAGAGUGUUUGGGGCGGCUUGGUCAGUUACUUCAAGGGCAAACCUGAACAGCCCAAACCUGCGCCAGAGGAGCCCAAGGCCUACGAGGCCAACGACAGGUUACAGAAUGCCUUGGCCACUAGCAAAGGGCAAGAAGACAAAUACCAAGCCAGUCAUCCCAACCUGAGAAAGCUGCAGACAGGAGGGUUUGGAGCCACGGCAUCGGUGGAUGGCGGCAGCUCCUCCUCACAAAAUGCACCCCCUCAGAACAGACACCUUCGACAAGCUCACCAGACCUUGGACAACAAUUUAGAUGAAAUGGCAAACGGCUUGAGCCGCCUCAAGAACCUCGGCUUGGGUCUGCAAUCCGAGAUUGACGGCCAGGAAGACUCCAUCGAUUCUCUGCUCAACAAAGUGGACAAGAUGGACAGCAAGAUCAACAGCACAAACCAGCAGAUUAAAAGGCUGAAAUAAAACAAACUCUUUGGACUUCAGACCUCACUGACAUCUUACAAGUCAUCACUUGAUUUGCCAUCCUGUCCCAAUGAAGAAUAAACUCGCACGUUCUUUUUUGCA